AAAGAACGUGUUUCGCAAUGUCUUGAAGCGGAUGUAUGCACAAACACAAUUCAGACUCGUGACGAAGCGGUCUGUGUGCCAAUUCUACUGCCGAUAUAACGGUACUAGGGUCGUGUUAAGAUAUAACCGUUCUUUUGAUGUUUAAAAGUUGGUAAACGUUAGUCAAUUUAUUGAAUGGUAGCAUAGUUUUAUGAAAAAAUGAUUCAAAAACAAGAGUGAUAGUGAUAAACAGCAAUUUAGUGUGGAAAUGUGAAAUGUUCAAAUCUAGAUUAAAUUGAUUCUGAGGCACAGCUCCGCCUCCGCUUUGGCCGAUAAAAUAGAUUAGUUUGGUUUGCAAAUGUGAGGUUACAAAGCUGUCAAAUUGCUCAUAUAAUUUGAUAGGCUGUGCUAUAAAGUGACACAAUAUGAGAAACUUCCGCCGUGUGAGACAUGAAUAUUAUUAACGUUCGAAUCGAUGCACGCGUGAUCAAAUUAUCACAAUUCCCGCUUUGGGGCAUGAAAUCCAACUAAAUCUUAUAAUUUUUAUGAAUUUCUAUGUAAGACGACGAAUUCCAGAUAAUUUGAUUUAAUUGCUGUAAUGAAAUGCACCUGAACAUGGAAGAGGUUGUACGAGUUCAGUAUCGUAACGGUACGCAGAUCAGAAUUAAAUGUCUGGCAUUUGAAAGCUUAUGGCAACAUUACGCUAUGCUUGCUAAUUGAUAAAGGAAAGGUUAUUUAAUUUACGAGUAUACCGUUAUGUUUAAGUCGGACUGUGACUUUGGAAGCGUGUUAUUAAAUGUAAUUCCAAGGUGCGGUAAUUGAUUUAACCUCAGAACAAUACUUCAGUUAUUCAAGCUGAGCUGAGUUUAGACCACGAAAAUUUAAUCAGAGGCAAAAAAAACUAUAAAAUAAACUAUUUUCCGGUAAGAUUAACGAGUAUGUCAUUGUGUUCUCGCUUAUAUUCAUGUAUUAUCACAAUGCUCAAAAGAUUUAACCGAAAACUAUAUCGGAAUAUAGUAAUAUAAUCGCAACUAAGUUUGAAAAAUAGCUUAUUUUAUCCCCAAAUACCAUAAGCACGCUUUCCGGGUUAUGAAGCUUUUCUCCUUAAGUCAUUUCGGUGUUUUCGAUCAAUAUGAAUCCACAUUUUUGUAGUAUGAAUGGGAAAAAACGUGUGUAUCUUAUUGUCAACAAGGUCUUGGUCGUUUCACCAAACAAAUUAAGGAAAUGUUUCCACAAAUAAGACCCAUGUUGAUGAGUCAUGUUCACUUAGUCAUGUUUACGGAUUUACAACGAUAUUAUUGUUUGUCUAGCAAAGGCUACGCUUUGGGAUUUGUUGUUCGGCUCCGGAGUAUAAAUAUUUGUAAUACUGUUAAAAACAUGCGUACAAGAGAGUACAAAAAAACAAAUCAUUUUUGCGUAUAAUGCAACGUACGGCAUCUUUGCAAAAGUCAUACCGCAGAUUGACUGUCUAAUAAAAUUACAUCAAAACUAAUAUGACUCGAUGUAUGAAUCAUUCUCGACAUAUAACGGUUCAGAUUGUGAUAAAUUUACUUCUGUUUUAGAUUUUAAUCUAUUUUAUUUUGUAAAUUGAAUUACGAAAUUUGACAACAUGAGCUACCACACCGAUAAAGGCGAAAAACAUGAAAAUGCAAAAUUCAAAUGCUUCGACCACCUUCGAUUUUGGGUUGGAAAUGCAAAACAGGCUGCUGAUUUCUAUUGCAUGCACAUGGGUUUCAAACCGUUUGCCUACAAAGGAUUGGAAACAGGAACCAGGGAUGUUGUUUCACACGUGGUGAAACAAAAUGACAUUAUCUUUGUAUUUGUUUCGCCGCUGAAUCCCGGAAACGAGGUCAUGGCGUCAUAUCUUUCAAAACACGGUGACGGAGUGAAGGAUAUCGCUUUCACCGUAGAAAAUUGUGAAAUAUUAGUUCAGAAAGCAAAGGAGAGAGGAGCAAUAAUCGUCAAAGACUUGUGGGAAGAGUCAGAUGAAAACGGCACAGUUAAAAUGGCAACUGUUCAGACGUACGGCGAUACAACACACACUUUUAUAGAACGAAGUAACUUUAACGGACUGUUUUUACCCGGGUUUAAAGCACCUCUAUUCAAACCGGAAAUCUACGACAACCUGCCAGAACCGAAUCUUAGAUUCAUUGAUCACGUGGUAGGUAAUCAACCAGAGAAUGAAAUGACUCCAAUGGCAGAUUGGUACGUUAAAAAUCUUCUCUUCCAUCGAUUCUGGUCGAUAGACGAUUCUAUGCUUCACACGCAAUACAGUUCCCUGAACUCUGUCGUCGUUACCAACCACGAAGAAACCAUCAAAAUGCCGUUGAACGAACCAUCGUUUGGAAAAAGAAAAAGUCAAAUCAAAGAGUAUUGCGAAUACAACGGGGGAGCUGGAGUCCAACAUAUAGCAAUGAACACGCCGGAUGUCAUUACUGCGGUUCGAAAUAUGAAAGCUCGUGGAUUAGAAUUUUUAUCGGUACCGGAUACUUACUACAAGCAAUUGAGACAAAAUUUGAAAAACGCAAAGAUCACUGUGGAAGAAGAUCUUGAUAUUAUUCAGGAAUUACGUAUUCUUGUUGACUUUGACGAAAACGGCUACUUACUGCAACUAUUCAGCAAACCAGUUCAGGAUCGCCCAACUCUCUUUAUGGAAGUUAUUCAACGUCACAACCACUCGGGAUUCGGCGCUGGAAAUUUCAAAUCCCUUUUUGAAGCCAUUGAACUGGACCAAGAAGCAAGAGGAAAUUUAACAGUGGUAGAAAAUGCCUGAUCCAGCCCGAUAUUGUCUCACAAAAAUAAAGUAAUUUCAAACGCCUUAGCAAUAAAGAUUGGGUAAUUAAUAAACAACUUCUCUAAAAACAAUGUAGAUUUUUAUGAAGAUAUUACUUUUUUAAUAUUUUAAAAUUAGGCAAAACAGUAUUUAAUUGACAAUAGACUACGCAACAUUCGUUUUAUAGCUGGUUCCGUAAAAUAGUUACUAUUAUAAGUCAUAAUUAUAAUUUUGUCGAAUUAGACGUAGUUCAAAAGAGUUUGCGUACUCGUUUUUAUAAUAUUAUAACGCAUUGCCCUGUACGCCGUUUUGCCACAUACACAGUUAUCUUUAAUGUGAGUCGUAUGCUUGAUUAUCUUGUACGUAACGGUGGACUUGAACUAGUUUUGUUAAUCUGUUAAACCCCUUAUAAUUAGGUAUUCAUGCUAAUGCUAUUACCUUCAAAAUAUUAAGAGCAUUAUUGUCGUUUCUCAUAAUGGAACUUCAUUGUUGUCAUCCAGUGUCAUGUACGUAUGUUGAGUCUUUAUUUGUUUUGUGACUUUUCAUACCAUUCAUUUGUACUUCACAUACCGAUUUUGAGAAGUUUUCAAACUUUGCAACUUGUAAAUUAUUGUUUUAUCUGUAGCAUUGUGAAAUGAGGGUUUUGUAAAUUUAAUAUUAGCCUUUUGCAUAGUAGUUUUUUGCAAUAAACUUUGUCAAACUUA